UUUCCAUUAUGGAAGGAAAAUCUAGACCCUCAACUGCUCUCCCUGCUAGGCCAAAUGGUAAUCAUGAAUUUGAGAUGCUUCUUAGACAAAUUCUAGAACCAGCAUAUCUCUCUUCAGGAAUUAGUUGGCUCAAGUUCACCACAGAUAAGGAUAAGCAAGGUUUGAAAGUUAUUAGAGCUGUUAUGAAGCAUAGAGGCAAAAAAUUUCGUACAAAACCUAAGGAAGCAAUGGCAGAGGAAAUUAAAUAAAACCUUGGCGACCAAGUCCCUUCUGAGACUGGAUAGCCACAACUUAGAGCGCUUCAGAAAAGAGUAUCGCCAGAGUAUGUACAAGUCUGCAUACGGUGUUGCCUUUGGUCGAAAGGAAACUGAUCUCGCUGAUACAGGAAUUCUUUCAUUUAAGAAAUUUUCAGAGCUGCAAGCAUGCAAGAUUCUUAACAAAACUGCAAAAGCUCACUUGGAUCUCUGGGUCCAAGCUGGUGAAGAUAAAAAGUAUAUCAGUCUAGCGAUAAUCGUGGUUAAAGGCAUAUUUACUCACUGGAAACAGUCUCUUCCUGCUGAAACAAUGAGCCAUAUAAAGCAUGCUUGGUAUGAUCCUCAUGAUGUUGUUCAAAAUCAAACAAUCCAAAAAGCUAAUAAAUCUACACUUGUUAACAGAAUCGCGAAGGCAACUUCAAAUCAGAGGCCUCAGACUACCUCUAAUUUGCUCAAAAGAAGGAUGAAGAACAAUCUGAUCCCAACUAAGCUUGAGAAGAAAGACCAAGGGAUGGAUGGAGCCAUUAGAGAGCGCAAAAAGUUCUUACUUAGAGGAAACGGUAACAUCACUGGAUUUUAUAAUGAUCCUUCUGGAAUGGUAUCUUCGUAUCAAAACAAUUUUAAGUCAAUCAGGAAUACCACUGUUGUUCAAAGAACAGCAGGCAAUAUGUAUACUUCAUCCAUUAUGGUGGUAACUCCUGAUCCUGGACAAUUUGCUAAAGCUGGCAAAAAGCAAGAGAAAUUUAAAAAGGAUCUUUGUUCAACAACUAAAAAACUUAAGCGUACCGAGUCAGCACUCCAGAAAGCCAUGGGAAGAGCAAUGGGUUAUAAUGGGCACCCUCACUUACAACCUAUGAGAAGUAAUCUGGCUCUUAGAAUUGAUGGAGAGACAUUUAUGACUCCAACUAAAGGAUUUCCAUCAAAAACCCCUGGAACAAUGAACCCAUACAGACAUCUGCAAACCUCUGGAUAAGAAGAAUUCCUUUAAAUUGAUCUUUU